GGUAAUGAAGAACUCGUUUUCUUAAUUCCCAAGUUGUGAGAGCGAGAGAGAUCUGAGCUUGGCUAUCACUGAAAUCAGUUUCUGAAUUCUGGGUUUGCAAUGUCGACGCCUGCUGAAUUCUAUCAGUCACUCCCACCCAUAAGCAAGGCUUACGGGACCAUCUGUGUAGUGGCAACUGCGGCCUUUCACUUGGGGCUUUAUGAUCCUCGAACAAUUGCAUUAUUAUAUGGACCAGUAUUUUCACAGUUCCAGGUGUGGAGGUUGAUUACAAAUUUCUUUUUCCUCGGGAAGUUCUCUGUCAACUUUGGAAUUCGCCUUUUAAUGAUAGCAAGAUAUGGAGUUCAACUUGAGAAGGGACCAUUUGAACGGCGUACUGCUGAUUUCUUGUGGAUGAUGAUAUUUGGAGCCUUGACACUAUUGGUUUUAUCCGCCAUCCCAAUGUUUUGGUCUCCAUUCUUGGGGAUAUCUCUUGUGUUCAUGCUUGUUUAUGUCUGGAGUAGAGAAUAUCCAAAUGCUGUUAUCAACUUAUAUGGCCUCGUCCAACUUAAGGCAUUUUAUUUCCCCUGGGCGAUGCUUGCUUUGGACGUCAUCUUUGGUUCACCAAUUUGGCCAGAUCUGCUGGGGAUCAUUGCUGGACAUCUGUACCACUUCUUGACCGUGUUGCAUCCAUUGGCAGGUGGAAAGAACAUAUUGAAGACUCCAAGAUGGGUACAUAAAAUAGUUGCAAGAUAUAGGAUAGGUGCUCCUCCACCAACAAGCCGAUCCCAACCUACUGGCGCUGCUGCUGCUGCUCCUGGUACUGGUGCGGCUUUCAGAGGGAGGUCUUAUCGACUUAAUGAUUAAUUGGUCUGUCAGAGAGCUGAGACACCCCCAAUCAUUUCAACAUUCUCAGAAUCUUUGCUGAAGGCGAAACUAACAAGCAAAAAUGAUGCCGUUUGGUGAUAGCGCUCUUAACUGUUGCAUAUGUAGCAAAACUUUUGUUUUCCCUCCUUGAGGAUUCAUUUUCAUAAAUUGUUAAACUUGUGAAGAGAAAGGAAUUGCUUUAGACAUAGCUUAUAAUAUGAGUUACUCAGAACAGAUAUUGAAUGAAUGCAGGAUCUUGUAGAGGAAAUAUUUUGAAUCAUUCAUGGUUCAAAUUUUAGAUA